AUGGGUCGUAUGCACACACCUGCAGGAAAGGGCAUUUCAAGCUCAGCAUUGCCCUAUUGUCGUGCUCCUCCUUCAUGGUGUAAAAUAGAGUCAGAAGAAGUUUGUGACCUGAUAUUUAAAUAUGCAAAAAAAGGGUUUUCUCCGAGUCAAAUUGGUGUAGUUUUACGUGAUAGUCAUGGGAUCCCUCAAGUGAGAUUUAUUACAGGUAACAAAAUUUUAAGGAUUCUUAAAUCCAAUGGGCUUGCACCAAAAAUACCUGAGGAUUUAUAUCACUUAAUAAAAAAGGCAGUAACAGUUCGAAAGCACCUUGAACGCAACCGGAAGGAUAAAGAUUCGAAAUUCCGUCUUAUUCUUAUUGAAAGUAGAAUUCAUCGUUUAGCGCGAUACUACAGACGUACAGGUGCUCUUCCUCCUGUUUGGAAAUAUGAGAGUGCAACUGCAUCUACAUUAAUUGCAUAA